AACCAUUUCACAUCCAAUACAACCAACAAAGUAUUGACUCACUUGGUAAAGUUCUUACCUCAAAUCCUAGAGGUUUGGGGUUUGGUUUGAAUCCUAUUAAGUGAGGGUAUUUGGAGUAGAGAUUCCCUAACUUUCUCCUCUACUCCUAAGUGUCUGACCAGCAAAUAUUAGAUUAAAAAAAUUGUAAAGAUUGAGGUAUGGUCAUGAUCCUCCUUACCAUUUUUCAAAAAAAAAUAAUAAAAAUAUUUACAUCCACUAUAAUACUAAAAACACAUGGGAAAUCAUUCACUUCAAAAAAAAACCCUAAAUAACAUAUUAACACAUAAUUACCCAAAUUUCCAGCUUCUGAUACCACGCCAGUCGAAACCUUCAACAACAGAAGAACAACCAUCUCACUGCAAUAAACUUCCUUCCACAACCGGACAAUUGACUACAGGCGCUAAAUGUUAAAGUAGCGGAGUUGAUUACUUGCUGAGUUAACCCAAAUAACUAGAGUUGAACACAGUUAACUCAAGCAUCUUGUAAAUUACAUAUGUAUCCUUCAGAAAGCAGUUGAAGUUACGUAUUUGCCCGUUGAUAAACAACAAGUUGAAAGGGAAUACAUCUGGUCAUGAUCUGCCAUGGCAGCGCAGAAAAUAUUUAUACAAAUCCUUCAUCACCGUCGUGACUCGUGAGCCAUGGCUUCCUUGAUAAACUGUCUAUCUGCAAUACGCAUUCUAUCUCCUCGAUCUUUUCUUGUCGCUUUGAUUCUCAUUUCGUCGCUUCUGCAACUCUCUCUCUCCCACCAACUCAGAACAAACGAAGAAGAAGAAGGAUUUGGGCGUCGGAAACUUUUAGGGUUUAAAGAGAAACCAGAUGGUUCGAAUACUACUUUUGAAUGCUCCCCUUCUGGUCCUUGCGUUUCCUGUCAGUAUUCUGAGAAGAAAGAUGACAAAUAUCGCUGUAGUGAAACUGGAUAUCGUAUUCCUUUUAAGUGUAUCAAAGUUGGAGAUGUGAAAAAGGAAACAAUUGGUAAUGUCCCUCAAAAUGGCCAAUCUACUCAAGAAGGAUCUGUUAAUGCAGACAAUGUUGCAACUAAGCACAGGACACUAGCAACAGACAAGUCUUCUAGUCAGAAGGGUGAACCCCUAGAGUAUGUGACCUACAGAAGUUGUAUACAGGGUGUAAAUGAAGAGAAGCUCUCGGUUCUUGGUUUUGAGAAAGAUGCUAAAAACCUGCCAUCUGCGUGUCCUUCAUGUUGAGAGAAUUGUGCUUAGUUGUGUUGCAAAGACAAGAUGCUGGCUCUGAAUUGUGCAAUCAAGAAUUGUGCCCCCUCUGAAUUCAAGAGGAAGAUACGAAAUGCUGGCUGUUGCACUUGCAGAUCAUUUUUGUCCAUAGUAUUGGAUCCUCUAAAUGAUCUUGCAGAAAUGUAAAGUGAUUUGGGGCUUGAGAGAGGAACCAGUGCCCUAUUUGUGGGAGACGUCUUAAUGCAUCAGUGAGAAAAUGUGAUACAGUACUUUUCCCUUUGUACUUGAUACAGUUAAUAGGAAGAACAGAAGGGAUGCCCUCUUUUUGGGAGACCUCUUAGUGCACCAGUGAGAAAAUGUGAAACAAUACUUUUCACUUUGUACUCGAUAAAAAUGACAGAAGGGAUGCCAUUUGAUUCAUGCAGCAUGCCACAAACUUUUUGUUCUGAUUUACUUGAAGGUCUUUGCUUCAACAAAGCUAUAUAUGACAGCAUCCAUGAACCAAUUCCACCUGAUGAGAUCAGACUUAGUUCAGGUUUAUUUAGUCUGUAUGUGCUCGCAUUUGUGCUUUGUAUCCACAGAAAUAAAACCAGCACCUGCAUCUUGUGGCUUUCUUCUUCUAGACCCCUGGCACCUUUGAUAUGCAAGAAGGAUCCCUUAGUAUAUUUCAAGCAAUUUCUCUUAGAUUUUAUUUGCAUAAGCAAUAGGAGUCCUGCAUGAUACUUCUAAUGGUGGAUUGUCCAAGCAAGACAAUUGGAGAAUAUUUGAGGGUUGAAUAAAUACAAUUAAUUGAUAUGUGUAUAGCUAAUCUCCUUAUUUUUAUUAUCCUUUAUGGAGCAAAUCUGGUUUUGUGUUAAUGUACUUUAAUGUUGAGCAUGCUUGAUUUUCUAAACCUUUUUUCUCCCUCAACCUUGUGUAGAUUUUGCUGGCAUCCUAAAUUUGGAAGUAGCUGUGCAUAUGAAUUUUUUUCUCUAUUAUUGUAGCUGUGCAUAUGUUCUGAAGGGUUUUCAUGCAGGUUUUGUUUUGUUUCUGUAUACUUUGAACCAUUGAUGUCCUAAUAUUUUUUGUUAAACUAU